GUCUCCGUCAGUCCGUCCCUCUCCUCACCUCGUGUCCCAGCUUCUCCCAUGACCAUGGCCGUCUCCACGGCGAUGUCCAAAGCUCUCACCGUGCGCGGACCCAGCCACUUUCGCCACCGUCUCAUGGCGACGAGCUCUCAGCAGCCGUCGCUCCCGCGGCAGCCUCUUCUUCCUCGCAGACCAAGCCUGACACUCACCGCGAGCCCACGGAUGCUGCCGGCGAGACCCAGGCUCUCCGCAAGCGAAUCAGACCUGUCCCCGACGCCGCCCUCCGAGCGCACCAUGACGGCCUGGGACCUGGCCAGCCUCUGGGUCGGCCUCGUGGUCGGUGUGCCGUCCUACUACCUCGUCGGCAGCCUCGUCGACCUCGGCAUGUCGGCGCUCCAGGGCGUGGCCACGGUCUCCUUCGCCAACCUCGUCGUCCUCGCCUGCCUCGUGCUCACGGCCGCGCCGGCGGCCACGCACGGGCUGCCGUUCCCGGUGCUGGCGCGCGCCACGUUCGGCGUGCGCGGCGCGCACGUCCCGGCCGUCAUCCGCGCCCUCGUCGGCUGCGGCUGGUUCGGCAUCGAGUCCUGGAUCGGAGGCCGCGCCGUGUUCCUCCUCCUGCCCUCCGCUCUCAAGUCCUACCAGCCGCUGCUCACGCCCGUGCCGGGCCUCGGCGCGGCGCCGCUCGAGUUCGCCUGCUUCCUCGCCUUCUGGGCCGCGCAGCUCAGCGUCAUCAUGAACGGCAUGGAGGGCAUCCGCAAGCUCGAGAGGUACUCGGCGCCCAUCCUCAUCGUGCUCACCUCCGCGCUGCUCGCCUGGGCCUACGUGUCCGCCGGCGGCUUUGGCCGCAUCCUCUCGCUGCCGCCGCGGCUCACCGGCGCCGAGUUCUGGAAGGUCUUCUUCCCGGCGCUCACCGCCAACAUUGGGUUCUGGGCGACGGUGGCCAUCAACAUACCGGACUUCGCGCGGUACGCACGGAGCCAGGCGGACCAGGUGCUCGGCCAGGCCGGGCUGCCAUUGUUCAUGGGCAUGUUCACCUUCGCGGGGCUCGCGGUGACCUCCUCCACCGAGGUGAUCUUCGGCCACAUCAUCUCCGACCCGAUCGAGCUCCUGGGCCGCAUCGGCGGGCCGGCGACCACCGUCCUCGCCAUCUUCGGCAUCAGCCUGGCCACCAUUACGACCAACAUCGCCGCGAACGUCGUCGCGCCGGCCAACGCGUUCGUCAGCAUGAGCCCGAGGAGGUUCACGUUCGCGCAGGGAGCGCUCAUCACCGCGCUGCUCGGCAUCGCCUGCCAGCCAUGGCGGCUUCUCAGCUCCAGCGAGAGCUUCGUCUACACCUGGCUGCUCGGCUACUCGGCGCUCAUGGGCCCCAUCGGAGGGGUCAUCCUUGCCGACCACUACAUUGUCAGGCGCACCCAAUUGGACGUCGACGCGCUCUACUCCGAGAACACGGAGAGCCCCUACUAUUUCCAGGGUGGUUUCAAUGUUGCGGCCAUGGUGGCCAUGGCGGCCGGAGUUGCGCCCAUCGUGCCUGGGUUUCUGCACAAGGUUGGACUUCUGCCGAGUGUCUCGGAGGCAUUUGUCACGGCGUACAACAAUGCCUGGUUCGUCAGCUUUUUGGUCGCCGGCACCGUCUACUGUCUGCUCUGCUGCCGGAGAGGCGGUGAGGUGAAAUACCAAAGCAGUUGAUACCCAAGUAGAACUCGUUAAUUUCAGUCCAUUGGGAUUUGUAAAGAGUUACUCCCCUGAUUCAUAAUAAGUGUUGCUGAUUUGUACUAAAUUAGCUACACUUAUUAUGAUCGGAGGGUAUGUUGAAGUUGAUUUCAGAAUGGCAUG